AUGACUGCAAAUCAGAGCUGUAAUCCCGAUGAAUUGGAGGUGGUGGAAUGGCUAGACUCUCAGUUCUUUACCGAAGUGUUGCAGCAUUACGAAAAGGCGCCGGAGCUAAGGUUAACUGAUCUCAGGCUGUCGCCAGCCAGUGCGCAGGGGGAUCACUAUGCGAGUGUCAUGUUCCGUGCUUGGGUGGAGUACUCAACUGACAAAGGAAGCACUGCCAAGUCGCUAAUCGUCAAGGCAAUGCCGGAACAGGGCGGCAUGAAGCGAAGAAUGGUGGGUGAAUCACGUAUAUUCCAGACGGAGAUCGCCAUGUAUACGAAAGUUCUGCCCAAGUUCGAGGCGGUGCUGCGAGAGGCAGGCGAGGAGACGGCGCUCUGCGUGCCUUGCUUAUACCACAGCUUGGAGCCACGGCAGGUGCUGGUCUUCGAUGAUCUGCUGCCUCUGGGAUACCAAGUGAUUCGCAAUCGACCUCUCACGUCGGACGAGCUGCGCUGCGCUCUGGACAAGCUGGCCAAAUGGCACGCAGUUAGCCACAAGCUGCUGAAAGAGGAUCCGGACUUAUUUAAGGACCUGCAAUAUAAUAUGGCUACGCUGCCCAACUUUCUGAAUCAAAGCUACAUAGCAAACGCUUUGCCCAACUUUAUUUACAUGCUCGACGAGGUAGAGAGCCUGAAGAAGUACAAAAGGUACUUUGAGGCCAUGCGGAGAAAUCUGAUCCAGAAUUGGGCAGAUACAUUGAACGAGUAUCGCCAGAGCCCCCGAGACGAUUCGUAUUAUGUCCUAUGCCAUGGCGACUUUCACAUCAGGAAUUUGAUGUUCAAGUGCGACAGCUGCAUGCUGAUAGACUUCCAACUCUCCCAUGUGGGUCCCGUGGUUAAUGAUUUCCUCUAUGCGAUGUACACGUUGUUCUCCACCGAAGAGCGUGGAGCGCGAAGGGACGAACUAAUUAAAUUCUAUUUGGAGAGACUUCAGCACACGCUAAUAAAGAUUGGCUACCUCGCCAAGGCGCCCACACUCGACGAAUUCCAGAGCCAGAUGAUUGAUAAGAGAUUUAAUGAGUUUCUUUUGCUGACCACGUUUUUGCCCAUGCAAAUUGCUGCCCGGAAGAAUGCCAUUGACCCUUUGCGACGACGUACGAGUAUGUACAAGGAUGAGGACUACCAGCAGGAGGUGGAGUGCCUAUUGCAGCGCAUGACUGAUCAAGGCUACUUCAGGGAUAUAUAGAAUCCUGCUUAAAUAUGUGUGCACUGUAGGUCUACAUUGUCCCAAUGG